UCCCUCCCAAGAGAGCAUACCAUCACUGUUCUUUCCCAUAGCCUUCUCCUGGACCGCCUACUUACUGCCUUUCUUCCUACAACAGCUACCAUUCUCAUAGAGCACACAUCAUUCGUCGCAGUCUAUUCGAUGUACUGUAGAUGGACGAUAGAGCACCUAGUAUCUGACCGAGUCGUUCAGCUCGUACCCGCAUAUGCUGAGCGGCGGUAGAUGGACGCGUCAGAGCGACGGCCCCUCGUGCCUCGCGCAGUGAGGCUCGGCGAGCACCAGAGCGGAGACCCAUCGCACCGCUCGUCGCGCCGCUCGUCGCGACAACAUGGCGGUCACGACCUCAAUCCCCUAGCGAGCAUCGUCGUAUUCUGCGGCUAUGGCGUCGCGCUCCUCCUCGCUUUCAACGUCAUGCGUCUGGGACCUGCGUCGCCCUCGUCGCAGCCCGUCGCAGCGUGCGUCGCCGGCGACUCGCGAGGCGAAAGGUGCGACUGGGCUACCCACGCGACCCACCAGGUGCUGCACCGGCCGUGGAGCCCCCCUGUAGCGGCGCUGGCCGUGCUGGGGUUCUCGCUGCUGCUGCUCCGCGCGCUGUCCGCGCAGGCGGCGCGAGUGAACGAUCUGGAGAGACGAUUGCGCGGGGUGUGUGGGCAACAGGCGGGGGAAGGCGGUGAGGGAGAUGCGCUGACGGGGGGGAGCGGGGGGGAGGAGGAGGAGAAAGCAGAGGAGAAGAAAGAGAGGAUGGGGAUAGAAGCUAGACAGGUGGAGGGGGAGGGUGCCAGGGGAGAGGCGCGGAUGGCGGCAGAGGAUAGCGAGGCGGUGGUGUCGGGCGGUGGGGCAAUUGCUGCGAGCGCAGCUGCAGGCGUGCUGAUCCACGAGAUAGCGGCGCCCAUGAGAGGCGUGGUGGGCAUGCUGCGGCUGCUGGCGUCGUCCGUGUCCGACCCCAUGCACCUCGACCUCAUCCACACGCUCCACGCCUUCGCCGCGCAUCUCACCCGCCUCGCCGCUGCUGCCAGCGACACGUGGCGCGCACAGAAUGGCCCACUGCCGGUGCUGACGUCUGCGGUGGAUGUGCGCAUGGUGGUGGACGAGGUGGUGGCGGCGGUGGGCGGCGAGGCGCGCGAGAAGGGCGUGGAGGUGGCGUGCCUUGUGAUGGAGGACGUGCCGUCGCUGCUGCGCUCCGACGCCCUCCGACUCAAACAGCUGCUGCUGUGCGUGGCGUCAUCAGCCGUGCAGCACACGGAGCAGGGCCACGUGCUCCUCUGCAUGCGCCUGCUGCACCCCACCGAGGUCAAACUGCACCAGCAGCGCCAGCACAGGGGCGCGCAGCAGAAGCACAGAGUGGUGACAGGGAUUGUGAACGUGGGUAAUCAAGACGGCGUGAACGCUCUCCACCUGCCCCCCUCGCGCAUGCCCCUCCCACAACCCAUGCACCGGCACCCCCUCUCCCCGUCCCCCGGCACAGCACCCACCACGGCCCCCACCGCCCCAUUCCCCUCCGCCUUCUCCGUGCCCUCCUCGCCCUCCUCCCUCUUCUCCAGUCCCGACCUCCUCGGCCUGGGCGGCAUUGCUCGGCGCCUAGCAGCCUAUGCUGCUCCCUGGAGCGAGCAGGCGUUGCAGGAGCAGCCGAGCACCCGCUCUGCCGUGCUCGCGUCUCUGUCCGUUGACAGCUGGCUGCAGCAGGGGGGCCUGGCGCAGGGCGAUUCUACUGACCAUCGCCAGCAGCAGCAGCAGCAGGAGCAGCAGGAGCAGGAGGGUGAGGAGAGGGGGAGAGGAGGGAGUUUGAGUGGGCAGCGGGUGGUGGACGGGCGGUGCAGCUGGGGCGCGCUGAGAGGGCUGCUGGAAACACAGGAGGGGCGAUUCGCCGCUGCCAUCACCCUUGCUACCUCUGCUGCUGCUGCCAGUGGUGGUGCUGGCAGUGGCAGUGGGGGCGGCGAGGUGUGGGUGGAGGUGGUGGUGGAGGACACGGGGUCGGGCGUGCCGCAGCCAGUGCUGGACACACUCAACGCCAUGCCACCUCAUGCCGGCCACGCCGCUCCUCUGCCACACGCGCUGCUGUCGCUCCAUGCGGCCACGCCCCUGUUGCUCGCACAUGCGCAGCUCCUGGCGUCUACUCUCGGGGGGUCUCUCAGCAUCGCAACAGCGCCUGCCAUCGGCACCACUGUCUCCUUCGCUAUCCCCAUGGCGCUGCCCCCACUCGCCCCCAUCCCCUCCUCCUCGCCCGCCCUCCCCACCUCCGCGCCAUCAUCCCGCUCUCCCCCCCAUGCGCCUCUCCCCCCCGCCUGCCUGCCCGCCUCCGCCCCCCCGUUCCCCCGUGCGGGCGCGAGUAGCAGCAGCGAGGGCGGGCUGGCGGCGCUGGUGGGGCUGUGGGGGAGCGUGGGGGCGGAGGGGGGCCUCUGGGAGGCCAUGGGGCUGGGGGGGGGCGCGGGGCAGGGCGUGGGGGAAAGGGCACUGGGCUCUGUUGCAGCAGGGGAGGGUGCAUGGGAGGGGGACGCGAGGGGAGAGGGGCGCGAGGGGAAUGGAGGGGGAGGCGGUGGCGAGGGCAGAGGCAGGGGCGGGUGGAUGGGGGAGGUGGGAGUGAGGGAGGUGGGGGCGGCGGAGAGGAGGGCGGUGAGGGAGAUGGGCGUGGUGGGGGCGGUGGGGGGCGAGCAGUGGGAGGCGGUGUGGGCGCUGGUGGAGCAGCUGCGGGGGGUGCGCUGCCUCGUGGUGGACGGCAACCCCAUCCGCCAGCAGGUGACAGCGUCGUUUGUGUCGCGCCUGGGUGUCGACGUGGACCUCUCCGACAGUGUGCCUGACGCCAUCGCCGCCCUCCAGUGCGCCCCGCCCGCUGUGCACCCGGCAGCAGUGGCGUGGCAGGGAGGGGUGGGCAACGGUCGGAGCAGGUGGGAUGUGGUGGUGGUGGAUGCGGAUUGUGACGGCACCCCGGGCUCCGGCCUCCUGCUUGGCUCCCAUGUGGCCCGCAUCAAUGCCGCCCAUGCCGCCCAUAAUGUCUCCGCUCAAAAUGCCGAGCAAGCCGCCCGUGCCGCCCAUGCUCCCUGCAGCGCCUCUGCUGCUGCCCCGGCUGCUUCAGCCACAGUCGUUUCUGCAGGAGACGGGGAGCCAGGGCGGGCGACAGCAGCAUCAGGAGGGGCAGGGGCAGAGAGGGUGGGAGGCGGAGGCUUCACCGCACUGGCAGACGAAGGCAUGGGGGAGGAGGAUGAGGGGAGAGGGGGGCUGGGGGAGGGGGGAGAGCAGCGGGGCAGUGGGAGGGAGGGAUGUGGAGCGAUGGAGGGAGAUGGGAGGGAGGGGAUGGAGGAGAGGGAAGGUGCGCAGGUGGCGUGCAGUGGCCAUGGGGGGGGCAUGACGGAAGGGCGUGAGGGGAUGGAGGGGCGGAGUGAGUGGGGCUUGUUGGGGGGGCGCUAUGAGGAGAGCAGGGUUCACUCGCAGCAGCAGGAGACAGCAGCACGGCAGCAGGUGGAGCAGCAAGCACAGCAGCAGCAGUGGCAGGAGGCGCCUGGGUCGGCUGCCAUCUCAUCCAAGCUGGUGCUCGUAGCUCAGGCAACAAGUGAGGACAUGGCGGUGGCAGCAGCAGCGCAUGGUUUCUCCUGCAUCGCCCUCAAGCCACUGCGAACACCAACCCUCGCUACAGCCAUGCUGCAGGCCCUGGGCGUGAGUGCGAGGGAGGUGCAGCAGGCAGCAGUGCAGCAGCAGCAGGUGCACCUCAGGCGACUGCUGCGAGGCAAAGUCGUGCUGGUGGUGGACCCGUGCUUCCAAACGCGCAAGGCGGCAGCGGUGGCGCUCUCGCAGUUCGCGGAUGCAGCGUGCGCCGUGGCGUCACCAGCAGACGCCCUCAGCCGCCUGGCCCCGCCCCACGACUUCCACCUCGUGCUGCUCAGCCUCUACCUGCCGGACCUCCCUCCUACACAGUUUGUGCAGCGAGUGCGAGAGAUGGAGGCCGCAGCAGCUCUAGGUGCACCAGCAGCAGCAGGAGGGAGCGGGGAAGGCGCAGGGGCACCAAAGGGAGUUGCAGAGAUGCCAAAAAGCAGCAGUGGCAGCAGCGUUGGGGUGGGUGGUGCUGCAGGGGACGAAGGCGCCAGCAGUGUUUGUGGGGCGCCAGUGCCAGUGCUGGGGAUGGUCACAGAUGUCCUCACCAACGACCUGCCACCACGGUUGAGCGACUGCCGUGUAGACGGUCUCCUUGCAACACCCAUUUGCGAAUCCCAGUUGCUCUCAACUCUAAGAAGCCUUGUUUCCUGUGGGAAGUUUAUAUAAAGAGGAGUUCAGAAGACUUGUAACGUGUACAUUAUUCUGAACCAAGCCGCAAAGCUGGGCAGGGCAGAUGGGCAGGUUUGGACGGUGCAGCUGGCGAUACACACCCGAAUCUCCAGCGACGGGGGAUUCAGCCGCCAGCUCAGCAGCGGGCAGCCCAAUCACCACGCCGAGCCAGCUGAUGAAUUUGGAUGACUUUUGAGCCGCGAUGUUGCUUUUCCCUUUCCUG